GGCCAAACUGGGAGAGAGACAAGCAGAGGGACUUUCUCGAAAGUUUACUAUGAUACUCGGUAGGUCUCUCGGACAAGAGAAGGGAUCAAGGACAGAAAUAGCUUGGCAGGAGAUCAGAUAUGGAGGUAGUGGAGAAGGUCCUGAGUGUGGCCCGCAUCAUCUACGCCCAGUGCGAACAAGUGAAGUGCUGUAAGCACCAGUGCCGCCGUCUUGUGUACCGCGUUCACAUCCUGCUGAGGCCUGUGGAGGUCCUCAGGGCACAGCCUCCAAAACAAAUCUCCUCCCAGGUAGAAGAGACGCUGCAGCAGCUGCUAGAGACCUUGGAGAAGGCCCAGGAGCUGGUGAAGAAGUACAGCCAGACGAACUGGCUGCAGAAGUUCCUGAAAGCCAGCGAUGUCACGGAAGGGUUUGCACGGGUGAACGAGCGCCUUGGGGAUGCUGCUCAAGGGCUCUCGCUCCUGCUGCAGGCUGAGCAUAAACAGUCCUUCCUCGAGACCUUUCAGCGAGACACCUGCAGUAGGGAGGACAGCCAGGACACCAAGGAUGACAAAGCCCUCUGGGAGGAGCUGCUCACAAGAAGUACGGAGACCAAAGAUGCAGUGGAUAACGUCCAUAAUGAUGUCAGACAUGUGGGAACAAAGGUGGAGGAUGUGGGAAGCAGGGUGGAAGAAGUUCGCCAAAUGAUACAAAAGUUGCAGGAUGCAGUCAUGAAAAAGGACAAUGCUGUUCCAAGAGAGGAAAUCACUGAGAUUAGGAUGGAGGAUCUCACUAAGACCUCAUGGACCUUCCUGAUGGAAUCCAAAAGCCACACACUCUACAAAGGAGAAUUCUACAAGUACCCUGUUGCCAUCAAAGUCUUCAAAAGCCCUGUGAUCACCUCCACCGAGAAGGUGAGGGAGAUUUUCAGGAAGGAGAUUGAAACCAUGAAGAAAUUUGAGUCUCCGAACAUCCUUCGCAUGUACGGGAUCUGCAUCGACGAGAGAGGUUCUAGCCCUUGUUUCUCCAUUGUCAUGGAGUACUGUGAAAAGGGAACCCUGCGGGACGUGCUGACAAGGAAACCCCAGCUCCCCUGGGAGACACGCAUUCGGAUGGCGCUAGAUGCGGCCAGAGGCCUAUACAGGUUGCACCAGACGGGGGAGAAGUCUAAAUUGCAUGGAUGCAUCAAUAGUACCAAGUUCCUGGUUGCUAAAGGUUACUGUGUGAAGCUGUCAGGAUUUGAACUAAGUAAAACUGAGUCAUCCAUUAAGAGGAGCUGCAAGAAGAAAUUGACGGAUGUCCCUGCUUCGGCGUACAUCUCUCCCAUGGGCCUAGCUUCCCUGUGCCAUAAGUAUGACGUGCCCAGUGAAAUAUACAGCUUCGGGAUCGUCCUGUGGGAGAUUGCGACCAGCAAAAUUCCAUUUGAAGGCUGCAGUUCCCAAGAGAUCUAUCAGAAAGUUUAUGAGCAACGUUACCAGGCUCCUGUUGGGGAAGAUUGCCCCUCCCACCUGCGGGAUGUCAUCAAUCAGUGCCGGGCCUUUGAACCUUCACAACGUCCUUCUGCAGAAGAGAUUGUGGACUCACUGAUAGCCAUCUAUGGCAAGAUAAAUACAGCAAGCUAGCUGCAAGACACACACACAAGGAGCCCCUUGAG